CGCCACUACUUUUUUCUUUGAGUAUAGAACCCGUCCCUGCCUUAAAAGCUGGGUUAUAUUAUUUAUUUAAUUUAGUUUGUUUAAGGUCAUAAAGUACGCCUGUAUCUCUGCUAAUAUUUUGUGAUACCUGCAUUUUGUUAAUUUUUACUUGAGAUCUCUGUGAUAGUUUGUGAUACCUGUAUUAUUGCUCCAAAAGUCAUUAAAAAUUAUCUGAUUAAGCCAAUAAUGGCCGACAUAGUAAAUGCUUUAUUUGAGGCAGUUGAGACUGAUGAUUUUCAGCGCGUCAAGUGCUUUGUCCACACCAAAGGUGUUAAUCUUAAUUUAUUCAACGCAUGCUGCAAAACCUUGCUUCAUAUUGCAGCUGAAAAAGGGUACGUAGAGGUAGCCAAAGAACUAUUAGAGGCCGGUGCAGACAUUAAUAUGCGCACCAUUGAUGGAAGAACAUCAUUAUUUUUAGCAGCUGAGCAUGGAAAAGACAAAAUAGUAAACAUUUUGUUGGAGAAACCCAAUAUAGACGUGAACUUACACCACAAUGGCCGAACCCCAUUGCUCGUAGCAUGCGAGAAAGGUUACACAAGUGUUGUUAAACUACUGUUGGCUGAUUAUCGUUGCAUGCACUAUAUUAACAUUGAUCACAAUGGUAGUAAACCCCUUCAUAUUGCUGCAAAGUAUGGAUAUGAAGACAUCAUAAGUGCUCUCUUAGAGAAAAAACCAAGUGUUAACAGCAUUGACAGCGAUGGCUGUACACCGCUUUGGAUUGCAUUGGAUAAUAAUCAAGAAAAAAGUGUUCAAGCUUUACUGAAGGAUUUCCGAGUUAAUGUCAACUUUCGUUUUAAGGAUAGGACACCUUUAGGGUACGCUGUUCAAGAGGGAAAUUCAACCAUUUCGAAGCUACUAAUUGAGAGAGAUGCUGAUAUAAAUAUUAUUGACAAUGAUGGACUGACACUCUUACAUCAUGCCAUCUGUAAAGGUUUGUUGGAUGUUGUAGAUCAUCUCCUCAAGAGAGGAGCCAGUGUUCACUCCAAGACAAAAAGAGGUAACACACCAUUGCAUAUUGCUUCUAUGUAUGGAGAGCUAGAAAUAGCUAAGCUUCUCUUUGACAAAGGCGCCGAUGUCCAUAUUAAUUGUGAAAAUAGCUAUAAAGCAACACCCGUACAACUUGCCGUGAAAGGCUCUCAUUUAGAAAUGGCGAAAUUUCUAAUCAAAAAAGGUGCAGAUAUUAAUGCAACCGACCCACACACUCAUUACACGAUUAACAAAGGCGGGACCCUCCUUCACUGGGCUGCUCGGGAAUACGAUCAAAAGUUUCAAGACAAGAUGAUACGAUUUCUCGUGGAGAAUGGUGCCGAUGUAAAUGCUGCUGCUUAUGAUGGGAGAACGCCGCUGUGUUUGCUCGUCAAGCAUCAUGGCACCCUGGAUAUCAUGAGGUACCUCAUCGAAAAAGGUGCGAAUCUGAACAAGGGGGCUCAUAGAAGGGGCUCUCCUCUAUUAUGGGCUUUUUAUGUGGAUUCUGAAGGACUGCGUCCAGAGGUCGCGAAUUUUCUGAUCGAAAUGGGGGCAGAUGUCAAUCAACCUCUCGGAUAUUUUGGAAAUUCCGAUGACCCACUGAAAACACCGUUACAUGUGGCAAAAAAUAUCUCCACCAUAAAGCUACUCGUGGAGAAAGGAGCGGAUAUCAAUGCCACUGACAAGUGGGGCAACAUGCCCUUACAUUUUGCCCACAGUCUUCAUCAAGCCAAAUAUCUUGUCCUUAAAGGUGCCAAUGUGAAUGCUAUCAACAAGGAAGGAAAUGCACCUCUCCAUUGUGUUCUGAAUGUAUAUUGCGCUAAAUUCUUGAUAAAAAUGGGAGCUGAUGUCGAUGCUAAAAAUUCUAAAGGAUACACACCGUUGCACUUCGCAGUAAAUACUUCUAUAGCAAAAAUCCUCAUCCGGAACGGUGCAGAUUUUAGAGCUAGGGCGGAAAAUGGCAAAACUGUUCUACACACUGUGGCGGAAGCAGAUGUUCUCUUCAAUUCCAAAUAUAAAGGUUUACCAGAUUUGGUGAAUUUUUUUAUACAGGGUGGAAUUGAUGUUAAUGGUGUCGACGGUGGAGGCAAUACUCCAUUGCACAUUUGUUGCAAAACGAAUAAUAUGAUUGUUGCUUCAAGUCUUCUAGAAAAUGGAGCAGAUCGAAAUGCAAUCAAUAAUUGUAAUCUAAGACCUAUAGAAUGUGGAAGAGGUAUGUCUUCCAGCAUGCUAAAAUCCGUUGAAAAAUUGUUUUCUGCUAUUGAAGAAAAUGAAUCUACAGAGGAAAUAAGGAGGCUAAUCUGUAGUAUCCAGACCAUCAAUGUCAUGAAAGAUGACAGCAAAUUCACACCAUUACACUGUGCAGUACAGCUAAAUCGAAAGAAAAUCGUAAAAUUCAUUCUAGAAGCGAAUUGGCCCAUCAGAAUUCGUGAAACUUUUAAAAAAAGGAACAAGUUUAUCGAUGGUACAUUGAAGAAAGUUAAGGUUAAUGCCCUUUGCAAAGACAACUGGACACCGUUGCAUUAUGCUUCUAGAGGGGGUGACUUUACUAUUGUAAGUUGGCUUCUGAAAAGUGGAGCAGCGCACAAUGCCAAAACUUAUGACGGCUACCUACCUAUAGAACUUGCAGAAAAUUGUGCUGUGAAACAACUGUUAACAAUGGUAAAUGAACUUUUUGAAGCUGUAAAAAUAGGUAAUCUAGAACAAGUCGUUGAGUACAUUUCCAAGGAAGAAUCGAUCAUGAAUGCUGUGGAAAGUGACGGUAGAAAUCUAUUACAUUAUUCCAUCGAGAACGGACACAGAGAUGUAGUAACGUUUCUCUUGGAAAGUGGUAUUGAUGUGACACAAAGUGCCAGUGACGGAAGCACAGUACUUCAUCUUGCCGUCUCUAAAAAAGAUGAGGAAUUGGUGAAUGCUAUAUUGAACCGUGCUAAUGACAUGAGUAGUCUAAUCUCUUUCAUAAAUGCUAAAAAACUUGAUGGAAUCACAGCUCUUCACAUUGCUGCCAAAAGUGGUUCGUCAGUUAUCACAAAAACUUUGCUAAAAAAUGGUGCGGCUUUUGAUAUUCAAAAUAAAAACAACUUGAAACCUGUAGACUUUUCUGCAAAUGAGGCAGUCACCUGUUUCUUCAUGCUUGUUGAAGAAGUGUUCAAGUUUGCCGAGGAGAAAGGUGAAGAAAUCCCUGAAAGAUUGGAAACAAUGAAUGCUGAGGAUUUCUAUAUUUUGUCAAAAGUUCGUAAUAGUUAUGGGCACACAUUAGCAGAUAUUAUAGACCUUAAUGAGAGUGGCAGUGUUGUUAAAAAAUUAUUUGAUCUACGGGCAUCGAAAGAAAAACAACUUUUUUUGCAGAAUCGAUGCCUAAAUUCUCAGAACAUGAACUGCGUUGAAGAGAGCGUUGAAGAGAGCUUUGAAGAUAUAGACAUUGGAUGUGGAUUAUUAUUCGACUAAAAAAAAAAAAAAAUUGUAUGGUACUUUGGUACUUUUCAACUUCGUUUUUAUCAAUAGGUUUCUUACCAUUGUCAUGCAGAUGUAUGAUUAGUUAAAAGCUCUAUUUAAUUUAUCUUGAACGAAUCUCAGAGCUUUGAAAUGCCUAUAAAAGAACAGAAUUUUGAUUUGUUUAAGUUUCAGAGAUUUUAAUUUUUGGGAAGUGAGACAUUAUUUUCACCGAAUCUAUUAAAACCAGGGUUGCCACAGUCGGGGAAAAGUGAGUAUUCAAGAAAUGUCUUGGAAUUUUAAUGAUUCAAAAAAAACCAAGAAAUUUUAGGAAAAAAUGUCAAAGCACCUCCAUUCGCAUUUUAGAAUGUGCAUGAACAACAUAUGCGAAAUCAUUCAAAACUAUUUGAAAACUACAUAUUUCAAAUCAUGAAUUUUUAAUCAUCCUUCAAAUGUCAGGGAAUUUCAUUUUUUAAAUUCUGUGGCAGCCCUUAUUAAAACAAGAGGGUUGUUCAUGAUCAUACGUUGGUUCUCCCCUGAAACCGACAUGAUAUAGUCUCAAUUGAGAAAAAUAGCGUUUCUUCUGUUUCUUUAAAGUUGACUCGAUGUGAGGAAUUGUAAUUUCAUGUGAAAUUUUUUCUUUCUUAAUUUGAGUCACUCGGUGGAGCUUAAUUGCUUUUCAUCCCUGCAAAUUUCAGACUUCUCACACAAUCUCUAGCCAAAAGCUCCCUCAAUAUUCAAACUAAAACAUCAUAUCAUUAAAAUUAAUUU